AUGCCAUCCGCACGGAUCUAUUACUUCUCACUCGCUUGUUACGGCAGUGCCAAUCGUAUCAGAUCUGAGCGCAAUUUCUCAAGAAGUGAAGUAAACUACUUGCUGGUACUUGUGGACGCAAAGAAGCAUGUGCUGGAGUGCAAAAAAACGGAUAGAACAAGUUCCGAGGAAAAAGCCAAAGGACGGAGCGACGUGGAAGCGGAAUUCAACGGAAAGUUUGGGAUUGUCUUCAGGAACGCAAAAGUCUUGAGGACCAAAUACGAAAAUUUAAAGAAGACGGAACACGACAUCAAAAUAAAAAAACAAGAAAUGGAAAUUGUAAUAAUGAAAAAGGAGCACGAUCUCAAAGUUAUAAAGAUGGAGUUGGAAAUCGACCUUUUAAAAUUACAAAUACAACAAAUGGAAAAAAAGAGUUUGGGUGAUUGCAACAACAUUAGUGUUUAG